AUAGCCUGACAGCAUUCGCCGAGAAAGAGCAAGAAACCAACCAACCGGCACUGUUUUUCACCAUGGAACCGGAAGUAAGCAUCGAGGGAUCAUCGGUGAUCCAAGUCGCGGUGGUUCCGAUCGGGACAGUACCGCCGAACAUGCUGCGUGACUAUUACUCGAUGCUGCUCCCACUGCACUCGAUCCCGCUCUCCGCGAUCAGUUCCUUCUACACGGAGCACCAGAAAUCGCCGUUCGCGAAUCAGCCCUGGGACACCGGUUCGCUCAGCUUCAAAUUCGUCCUCGGCGGCGCUCCGCCGAGUCCCUGGGAGGAUUUCCAGUCCUACCGGAAAACCCUCGCUGUUGUUGGCAUUGUUCACUGCCCUUCCUCGCCGGAUCUCGACGCCGUUGUUGAUCAGUUUGCUAGCGCCUGCAAGUCUUACCCUUCGUCUCUCGUCGAUCGCUGCUUCGCCUUCUGCCCCAAUGAUUCUCAGCUUGAUGAUGGAAGUAAGAGAGAGGGGAAUUUGAGGUUGUUUCCUCCAGCGGAUCGUCCGACAUUGGAAUUUCACUUGAACACUAUGAUGCAAGAAGUAGCUGCUUCGCUGCUUAUGGAGUUUGAGAAAUGGGUGCUUCAGGCGGAAUCUUCUGGAACAAUUCUCAAGACGCCUUUGGAUUCUCAAGCUAGUCUCAGCUCAGAGGAGGUAAUUAAGGCCAAAAAGAGGAGACUUGGGCGUGCUCAGAAGACCAUUGGUGAUUACUGCUUGCUGGCAGGUUCCCCUGUUGAUGCCAAUGCUCAUUAUUCUACUGCGUUGGAACUUGCAAGAUUGACUGGUGAUUACUUCUGGUAUGCUGGAGCAUUGGAGGGUAGUGUUUGUGCCUUGCUGAUUGACCGUAUGGGCCAGAAAGAUUCAAUCUUGGAGGACGAAGUUAGAUAUCGUUAUAAUAGUGUGAUCUUGAAUUACAAGAAGUCGCAAGAUAAUGCUCAGAGAGUUUCUCCCAUAACUUUUGAACUUGAAGCUACUUUGAAAUUAGCAAGGUUCCUUUGCAGGAGAGAGCUGGCGAAGGAGGUGGUGGAGUUGUUGACAACUGCUGCUGAUGGUGCUAAAUGUUUAAUUGAUGCAAGUGAUAGACUCGUAUUAUAUAUUGAAAUAGCUCGUUUGUAUGGCAGUCUUGGAUACCAGAGAAAAGCUGCUUUCUUUUCAAGGCAGGUUGCUCAGUUAUAUCUGCAGCAGGAUAACAGGCUAGCGGCAAUUAGUGCUAUGCAAGUUUUAGCUAUGACCACAAAAGCUUAUCAUGUGCAAAGUAGAUCAUCAAUCUCCGAUCAUUCCAUGCAUAAUAAGGGAAUUGGAUCAAAUAAUGCUGAUAGUGGGAAAAUGUAUCAUCAAUCAGUAGUCUCACUAUUUGAGUCUCAAUGGAGUACCCUCCAGAUGGUUGUAUUAAGAGAAAUUCUGCUCUCUGCAGUUCGUGCUGGUGAUCCUCUAACUGCAUGGAGCGCAGCGGCGCAGCUUCUUAGAUCCUACUAUCCUCUAAUACCUCCUGCUGGGCAACAUGGCCUUGCUAAUGCACUUUUAAAUUCCGCUGAGAGGCUGCCACCAGGGACUCGUUGUGCUGAUCCUGCUCUUCCUUUUAUAAGGCUGCAUUCCUUUCCUCUCCACCCAAUCCAAAUGGACAUUGUAAAACGUAAUCCAGCUAGAGAAGACUGGUGGGCAGGUUCUGCUCCUUCAGGCCCUUUCAUUUAUACACCAUUUAGUAAAGGAGAGCCAAAUAAUAUGAAGAAGCAAGAGCUUAUCUGGGUUGUUGGGGAGCCUGUCCAGGUCUUGGUGGAAUUGGCAAACCCUUGUGGCUUUGAUUUAAGGGUUGACAGCAUCUAUCUAUCUGUCCAUUCAGGAAAUUUCGAUGCUUUCCCUGUGAGUGUAAGCCUUUUACCAAAUUCUUCAAAAGUAAUAACCUUAUCAGGCAUUCCAACAUCAGUGGGGACAGUUACAAUUCCUGGAUGCAUUGUUCAUUGUUUUGGCGUUAUUACUGAACACCUGUUUAGAGAGGUUGACAAUCUGCUCCUUGGGGCUGCACAAGGGCUUGUCCUUUCUGAUCCCUUUCGAUGCUGUGGAUCUCCAAAGUUGAAGAAUGUAUCUGUCCCAAAUAUUUCUGUGGUCCAACCACUUCCAUUGUUAAUAUCACAUGUUGUUGGAGGUGAUGGUGCCAUCAUUUUGUAUGAAGGUGAAAUUCGUGAUGUGUGGAUUAGCCUUGCUAAUGCAGGCACUGUUCAAAUUGAGCAGGCACAUAUUUCACUGUCAGGGAAAAAUCAAGAUUCUGUAAUUUCAUAUUCUUCUGAGACUUUAAAAUCUUGCCUCCCUCUAAAGCCUGGAGCAGAAGUGACGUUCCCUGUGACCUUGAGAGCCUGGCAGGUUGGCUCGGUGGAUACUGAUACUGGUGUAGGGAGGACUGUCUCAGGAAGCAAUAUGAGGCAUUCCAAAGAUGGAAGCGACCCAUCACUGUUGAUCCACUAUGCUGGUCCACUGAAAACCUCUGAAGAACCUCUAACAAAUGGAUCAACUGUUCCUCCUGGAAGACGCCUUAUAGUUCCCCUUCAGAUUUGUGUUUUGCAGGGUUUAUCUUUUGUAAAGGCUCAGCUGCUUUCAAUGGAAUUUCCUGCUCAUGUUGGUGAAAAUCUUCCUAAGUUGGAUGAUAUGGAUAAUAAGUCCCCUGGAGAACAUGUUAAGUCUGAAACAAAAAUGGACAGAUUGGUGAAAAUAGAUCCUUUCAGAGGAAGUUGGGGACUGCGAUUUCUUGAACUUGAGUUGUCAAAUCCAACUGAUGUUGCCUUUGAAAUCAAUGUCUCUGUAAAACUGGAGAAUUCUAGCAAUGAGGACAAUCAUUUAGCUGAUCAGGGCGCUACAGAAUAUGGCUAUCCCAAAACAAGAAUUGAUAGAGAUUGCUCAGCAAGGGUUCUAGUGCCUCUUGAACAUUUUAAAUUACCUGUUCUUGAUGAUUCCUUUUUCAUGAAGGACACUCGUACAGAUGGAACUGGUGGGGGACGAAAUACAUCCUUCUCUGAAAAGAGCACCAAAGCUGAACUCAAUGCUUGUAUCAAGAACCUGAUAUCUAGGAUUAAGGUUCAAUGGCAUUCAGGACGCAAUAGCUCUGGAGAGUUAAAUAUCCGGGAUGCUAUCCAGGCAGCACUGCAGACAUCAGUCAUGGAUGUUUUGCUGCCAGAUCCACUGACAUUUGGCUUCAGGCUUGUUAGAGAUGGUUUUGAAUCAGAAAAACUUGAUUCUGAUAAAGAAUCUGAUAUAAUUGAAUCCCCAGCUUCCAAAGAUUCUGUGCUUGCGCAUGAAAUGACACCAAUGGAAGUUGUGGUCCGUAAUAACACAAAGGAUAUGAUCAAAAUGAGUCUUAAUAUUACAUGCAGAGAUGUAGCUGGGGAAAAUUGUGUGGAUGGUAUCAAAGCAACUGUUCUGUGGACAGGUGUUCUAAGUGAUAUUACUAUGGAAAUCCCUCCUCUGCAACAAAUUAAACAUUCUUUCUGCCUGCAUUUUUUUGUCCCGGGAGAAUAUACGCUACUUGCUGCAGCAGUGAUUGAGGAUGCAAGUGACAUCCUUAGGGCUCGUGCUAAGACCACUUCAGCUGCUGAGCCAAUCUUCUGUCGUGGACCACCUUAUCAUGUUCGUGUCGUUGGGACUGCGUGACGGUUUUUGUCCAUAAAUGUGAUGUUGGCUAAGUAUUAUACACUCAAUGCUGAUCUACAUUUGUGUCAAUGUGGUUAAAAUUUACUUUUCCGUUGAUGCGUUGAGAUGUGUUUUCUCGCACAAGCGGGAAUGCGUUGAUAGAAACAGGAAACUAAACGGGCACUUACUAAGCUGUAAUUUGUAGAUUUGCUUUGGUUAUUUAGAAUGAUGCAAUUAAGUUACACGCGGUGAAAUCGUAAUGCCCUUGGGUUCUUCUGGUUACCAUUUUCUUAGUGUACUUUCAAAUUUAAGAAUUCAACAGAAUGCAACCUUGGGGGUUUUGUUUGUAAAUCAUGUUCAUUAUACUAUGAUGAGAUAGUGGUUUUGGAAAUUGUUUAUUUCUGAACAAAA